CCCCUGGGGGGCAGCAUACAUGCUCCCCAGCCAUGGAGGCUGAUCGGUUGGGUCUCACCUCCCAGAGGGCGGUUCUCCCUGAGCCAGGGCAGAGAUCCUCGUUCCCCAUCUCUAUAAAGGAUACAAACCAAAGAAACAGUGUCAGUAGACUUCAGUCUAUCUACCCACCCAUAGGCUGCAGGACGCUUGGAAAAUCUUUGUCUGGCCCAACUUGUUUUAAUAUGCAGUUCCACCACCAUGGAAAUGUAUUCCCCACAAUCCAUUCAGUGGACAGCCCAGUCAAACCAAGGAUAGUAACUGUGGUGAAGCCAGGAGGGAGGAGACACCUAAGAAAGAUAACAAUACUUCUCAACAGACGUUCUGUACAGACCUUUGAGCAGCUCAUUGUAGACAUAUCAGAAGCUCUGGGUUUUCCUCGAUGGAAGAAUGACCGUGUGAAAAAACUAUUCAGCCUCAAAGGCAGAGAAAUCCGUAGCGUGUCAGAUUUCUUCCGUGCCGAUGAUGUCUUCGUUGCAGCUGGAAGGGAAAAGCUGACUCUGAAGGAAGUUCAGGAGGUUUUGGAGGAGCUCUAUCCUGAUAGUCCGUAUUCCCAGAGCCUAAUUCAAAAAGACUGGGAGCGUUCCCAGAAGCCCAAGCCUUAUGAUAAGGGCUCCAAGGCAGACAGCGGCUUUGAUGAGGAGUCUGAGGUUGCUAAGCAACACCUUGGUACAAACCUGGAAAGAGUCAGGGCCAAGGCCAGACAAGAGGAAAGAGUGAAAGCCAGAAAGUGGAAGAAGGAACGUUGGGAACAGGAACAGAAAGAGCUGACUGAUAGGAAAAGAACGAAGGAGAUUUACCCAAUAAGAGAUGAGAUAAUUGAUAAAGGGGCAGCCACCUAUGCUGUGGGACACUGUGAAAAGUGUAAAAGAGAACGACAGCUCAAAGUGCACUGCAAUUCUACCAGGGAAAGAGGUGGGUCACCUGAAAAGGAAGUCCAAAGGAGGGGAAAAGAGCAGCCUGAUGACCUGCACUCAGAAAAUAAAAAACUAAGGCAAAGGGGUUCUAGAGCAUCGCAGAAAAAUGUCAGGGAAGGAAAAGAAGAGGGAGAGAAUGUGAAAUACAUCAAAAAGGAACAUUCCAGGAGGGCUAAAGAACACGAAGAACACAAGGUAGAAAGGAAGAAGGUACAAAAAGAAGAAAAUCCAGAGGUGCAAAAGGAACCAAAAAGAGCAAUUCAUGAAUCUGUGGAGGGAGUAGAAGAGCCUCAGAAACAGGAUGACCACAGUCACGUAGAAAAGCAAAACUCUGGAGCAGAGACAAGAAAGGAAAUACCCUCUCAAAAAGAAAACCCUGAAAAAAGCAAUGAAAAGAAAGAACUUCAUGAAAAGAUGGAAAAAGUAGAGCAAGGGGAAGAAGCUACUGAGAAAAUAGAAAAGGAAAAAAGUUCAUCAAUGAGCCAGGAAGAAAAUGUUAAAGAUUCCACAAAUAUACCUGCUGUAAAGACUAGACACAUAAAAACAGGAAGUGACAUAGAGAGCUUUUAUGAGAUUGGUCGAACCAUUGGGGAUGGGAACUUUGCUGUUGUGAAGGAGUGCAAGCUUCGAAACACAGACGUCCUGUACGCCAUGAAGAUUAUUGAUAAAGCCAAACUGAAGGGGAAGGAGCACAUGAUAGAAAAUGAGAUCUCAAUCAUUAAAAGCCUCUCUCAUCCAAACGUUGUGAGACUGCUGGAGGAGUAUGAGACUAAGAGUGAGAUCUAUCUGAUCAUGGAGUUUGUUCACGGAGGGGACCUCUUUGAUGCCAUCACAGAUAGUGUGAAGUUCACCGAACACAGUGCAGCUCUCAUGAUCAUCGAUCUUUGUCAGGCACUGGCUUACACUCAUAGCAAAAAUGUGGUGCACAGGGACCUCAAACCAGAGAACCUGCUGGUUCAACAUAAUGUGGAUGGAAGCUCCACACUAAAACUGGCAGACUUUGGUCUUGCAAUGGAGGUGACUGAACCGAUUUUCACAGUCUGUGGGACACCAACGUAUGUGGCUCCAGAAAUACUCUCUGAAAAAGGUUAUGGUCUGCAAGUCGACAUGUGGGCCACUGGUGUGAUCCUCUACAUCUUGCUGUGUGGUUUCCCUCCAUUUCGCAGUCUAGAGAGAGACCAGGAAGAGCUGUUUGAAAUCAUUCAGCUCGGGGAGUAUGAGUUCCUGUCCCCCUACUGGGAUAGCAUCUCCGAUGGUGCCAAAGACCUGAUCAGCAAGCUGCUGGUGGUUGAUAAGCACAAGCGGUACACUGCUCAGCAGGUCCUUCAGCACCCCUGGGUGCGAUCGGGAGGCAAGAUGAACAGUCACAACCUGCAGAGAGAGGUGACGAUGAACAUUGAGCGGCACUUCAAGACCCGCCGCAGGAGAGAGCACGCUGCCGAGCAGUAGUCAUUUUUCUGAUGCUUAUUCCCAACUCCAUCUUGAUAACUAUGUACUGUGUAACGCUAGGUGUAUUGGUGCAUACUGGGAAAUGCAACACUCCAGUCUGAUAAUGGUUUGAUUUGUUAAAGGGAUAUCAUAUAUCAACAUUUUCCAAAUAUAAAAUGUCUUACCUUCUUAAAAUCAUAUCAUGUGGAUUCUGUAUUAUCUUAUCUGCUGAGAUCAUUAUUUGCCAUGCUUCCUAAGUAUUCCAGCAAUAAUUGCUUCUCAAAAGACUCCUAAAUGCUAAUUGUGGAGCAGUGAGGUGGGGAAGUAUAUUAGCAUUGCUCUUUGCACUGAAGCCUGUUUGCAAAGCAUUUAGGCACUGAAACUUGUGCAACACUGAUAUGCUUCCCCACAUCACUUCCCCACACUCAGCCUUGAUCAGCCUUUUCAGAAGCAAUGGAAUAGCUAGUUCAGAAAUCAUGGCAAAUAAUGAACUAAGCAGAAACAACAAUACAGAACCAUACAGACACAUAUAAUAGGAUAUUAACAAAGUAAGAAUUGACAGAUUAGGAACAUGUAAAUGAUAUUAAUUGUCUUAUUCAUGACUUGUUUUCAAUCAACAAUAAACUAUUACAAGCUUGACUAUAGGGGUGUGCAAAAACAUCUGCUUGUACUUGGAAUUGUCUUUAAGAAUUAUUUAUUGGCAGGUAUUCAAUAAAUCCAUUCAUUAAUGUGAUUAUUUCAAAACAAGAAAAGCUGUCUUCCCUCACGUUUACAAUUGUGUACUACUGAAAAGUCAUUUUACGGCCUUGGUACACAAGUACAACAAUAAAAAUGUCAGUGCCCCGGAUGAGAGGAAAAUAUUCUUCCAUUCGCCUUUUAAAACAGUGUGGAUUGCUUGGUACUCAAUGGUAAAUGUGAGGGAGGACAGUUUUUCUUGUUUUAAAAUCAACACGUUAAUAAAUAGAUUUAUUGAAUACGUUGAGGUAAAAGCUUCUUAAAAGUAAUUCCGAGUACACAUUUUUGCACACCCCUGCUUGACUACUACCACAUACAUAAAGAACAAUGUAAGGGUUUAAUCCAUUCAGUAUUGGCGGAGUUAGAAUCCAAGUCAGAUGAGUGUGGUGGUGUCAACACAACCAGCACACAACACAACAGUCUUGUUGUAUCUGCUUGAGUGAGGCCCCGUGACUGAAUGCAGGGGUUGUUCAGGUUAGGAUUGAGGUGGCAUCUGUCUGCACAGUUCAGGAGACUUUCCUUGACUGUUACCACUGCUCUUGACCAUUGCACUUCAUCCUGAGGAAAACUGAGAAAAAAUCUCACUCUUCUAGGAUGUUAAAGGAUACCACAGAGCCAUAAUGCUGAGUGCUAACCUAUUAUCCUUGCUCUGUUUGCAAUAGAUUAAAAACUGGCACCCUCUAAUCUCUAGGUUCCAGUUAUCCACUUGCCCCAUGAAUUAUUCCAUUGCUAUCCAGGGUCAGCGUAAUUGAAGCCAUUAAACUUAAUACAAUAUAUCACUAGUGUACUGUAAGUCCUUUACAGGGACUCGGACAUAACUCGUUUUUAUUCCCCUAGAAAACUUUCAAGGGAAUAAAAAAAAAUAAGAUUUAAUAAGAAUGUGCAAAACAAAUGCUGUAUGCAUGCUAUACCAGUGUUUCUAAAUGAAAUAGAAUAUAAAAUGUUUUUUUGGGGGGUUCUUUACUAUUGUUUUAGGAUAGAAAUUGUAUAUUUUGUGAAGAUAAGUUUCUCAUCUUCCAGAUGUGAUUUUUCUAGUAAAACGAAAAAUAAUUCUGUUGCUUUUUAUAUGUUUUCUUGCAUGUAAACAGCUGUAAAGUACAACUUGGAAUAUAUAUGGACUAUCAGCAUCACCCCUGUUGUUCCCCUGAAACACUCUGCACCCAGUGGAUGUAAGAAAUACCACAUUUGUUAAAAAAACAAAACAAAAAAAAAACCCAAGAAGAAUACAUUACUUAAUAGAACAGAGCAUGCCCAUACUACGUUUAGCUAUAAGGAGCAUGACCAGAUAAUCAGCUUGUUUUGACACUGCAAUGCAAAGGGACUGAGGAAUGUAACUACACACUACUUGGUAUAUUUGUCUCUCACUGUACAGGCACACAGGAUAUUUCUUUUAAAUUAUAAAAAAAUGUUAGUUUGGAUUGAAUGACUAGGAUGAUGACAAAGGGCAACUGACUAAUUGUAGUAAAUACUGUAAAAUAUAUGUACAGAGUGCUAUAAUGCUGUAGAAGUAAAGAGUUUAGUUGUUGUACAAAUAGACAUCCUGUGUAUUAUACACCAUGUGCACAAAGCUUUAUGCUUUAUCUCUAUGUAUUAAUCAUAUUUCUAAUGUGCACCCUCCUGUAUUCAAUUCAUUUUAGCAUUACCUUGUUCUUAUGUGUGUUUAAUCAGUUUAAACAUGUUAUAUACUAUUGUACAUUUGCACUGUCAUUUUUCUCAUGCUUUUUCCUCAGUUAUACUAUGCACUUACCGUAAUUUACCAUGGCUUACAGUUUUUUUUUUUUUUUUUUUUUUAAAUAUGCUUUAUCUCACUUUACUCUUUUGUGGGGUAUUUCCAUAAUACCAUGGUAGAGGGUAAUACUUGCAUUAUUGUAGAAUUAUAUAAUAUCUAUUAUUUUGCAAAUGUUUUGAAAACCCUUCUAAACAAACACUAAAUUGUACUUUUAAACUCUAAACAAUUUUUAAUACAACA